AUGAUCCUGGGAGGUGGAAGUAAUUUACUUUUUACCGAGAAAUUCUAUGACGGCAUUGUUCUGAAGAACGAGAUUAUUGGAAUCGAAGCUAUAUCUCGAGACGAUAUGUAUACGUCGCUCAAGGUCGGCGGAGGCGUCACAUGGAGCUCGUUAGUUGACUAUUGUCUCGCCCACAACUUUGGUGGUAUCGAGAACCUAUCCCUUAUCCCCGGCACUGUGGGCGCGGCUCCCAUUCAAAAUAUCGGGGCUUAUGGGGUGGAACUCAGUGAUGUUCUCGAAAGCGUGGAAAUUGUUGACCUGGCGGACGGCAAGACAUGUACUGUGACGAGGGCCGAAUGUCAAUUUCGGUAUCGAGACAGCAUUUUCAAGCGUCUGAAGGAUGUAUUGGUUUCUACUGUAACUAUAAAACUUACCAAUGCUCCCCACCAUCGAUUAAAAACCACAUACGGCUCGAUCCAACAAGUUCUGAACGAGCAAGGCACCCUCAUACCUACCAUAUCGUCAGUCAGUGAGGCAGUUUGUCUACUUCGCAGACGCAAACUGCCCGAUCCAAGAGAGUUGGGUAAUGCGGGAAGCUUUUUCCAAAAUCUUACUGUCGAUGCUUUUACUUGCAAGUCUAUCAAGAGCAAAUAUCCCGCACUUCCUGUAUUCCCCAAGGCAAAUGGGCUUAGCUCCAUUCCAGCAGCGUGGCUCAUCGAGAACUGUGGCUGGAAGGGUAGGCGGAUAGGACGGGUUGGAGUCUAUCACAAACACGCUCUUGUUAUAGUCAAUUUUGGAGAGGCUGAUGGUGACGAAGUGAAGGCGCUGUCAGAUCGGAUUACCCAGGAUGUUAGCUGUCAAUUUGGAGUGUGUCUUGUGCCUGAAGUAAACAUAAUUAGAUAG